CUAGAUUUUGUUGUUGUUGUUGUUCGAACCACUGGUAAGAAAUGAAGAUGGGGAGCAACAGAGGGACUUUGGAAGGAUUAAAAGAUAGAAGGACAGAAAAGUGAAGGCGCAGCAGUGCAGUGGUGCGGGGGGACCGACGCUGUCACUCUCACUUCCACGCCAGAGUGUUGGCCAAGUGGAUUAACAGCGAGGGAGAGGUAAGACUCACGGAUGCUCAUGAGGAGGAGAGGAGCACUGCUGACAGAUGCCGGGGCAAAGAUGAGGACACCAGUGUCAUGGAGAUUCUGCUCAAGAUGAAGAGACCAACCUUAUGUGGAUUUUUUUAAUUGGGACAGAGAUGAUCCUGUCUGGAUUUUUGCAGGAGACGACCCAGAACACUCGGAGCAUUGCACUUAGGGUUUUGGUGAGUUUCUAAAUUUAAAGUAGUCUUUUAUAUAUUUACAUUAAAGAGUUCAAGUUUAUAUUUACGGUGACGUAACAGUUUCUUCUGCUGCAUACAUUUAUAAUGUAUCAAAUACAUUUCUUUUUCCUUUGGGAGGUGAGUAUGACAGGUGAGAAAUGGAUCAAUGAAUUGCUAUAAAACUAUGAAUGACUACAUUUAAAACUCAAACAUCAAGCAUUCUUAUACAUAGGUUUUCUAAUUUCCAUAUAUUUUUUAAGGAAAUACACAAACAACAUCAUUUAAGUUGGCUUUGGCAGAAGUCUGAACAUCUGGAAGCACUAGAUAAUAAUAUGACAUGCUCAAACUAUUUGAUCCUUUCUUUGAUUCUCAUAUAAUUCGUGCCAGUAUUUACAGCUCAGUAUACUACUAGAUGCUGCACCACCUCAUUUUAAGUUGUGUCCGUUCACUUGCGAUUAUUAUUACUUUUACUUAUUGAACUUAUUAUUCAGACUUCUGCUCCUUCUAAGGUCAGUUUGGUGGGAGCUGUGAACCCGUGGCAGGGUCUCAGGUUAGCUGGAGAACACUUGGUGUCCACGGCAGACCUCACCGUCUACUGUAAAAUGUAGCACUGAAAUCACAUUCAUUCUGGGAACUCUUCUUUCCCUCAACCUCUCAACCAUCACCAAGAUUAUUAUCUUCAGUCUCAAAACUUCACUAGCUCCAAUGACUAUGAUGUGAUAUUCCAUUGUUUUUAUCUUGGGUCCAGGAUUUAUUCAUUUAUCUGUCCGUCUGCUGUUCUGCCAGGGGCUGUCCGGGUGACGGACAUCAGCAACAGCCAGCAGACAUGGUCAGAGUCCAUUUCACUUCAAUAUAAUGAAUGUAAUUCUUCAGCACUAUAGAGAACAUGCAGGGCUGGUUUGCUGUUUUAGUCUGUGGCUCAGUAAAAGCCCAGAGUUUCUUCAUCAUGGGGCGAUAGAUUGUCGUUGUACUAUACCAAUUUUAGCCGACUUGUAACCUGGAAAUCCUCUACGAUACGUUUCAUCACUGCUGCUGCUGCUGUAUUCAUCUAAUAAUUAGACAUAUUGGAACCAAUAUAAGCAGCUUCCUGUCGAGUCCUCACGUCUCCCUGUUGAUGCCCACAGGGAAUGGGGAUCCACCUAAAUCUCCUCUUGUUCACUUGUUUCAUUCUGUCCAUCUGUGCUUUCCCACGUGCAUCAACCCUGGAGCAUCUUAUCCCGAGCCCCCCUCCACCCUCUCCGUCCUCCUGCUUUUAAUCUGGCUGACUUUACACUCAUGGCUUUGCUGCUGUAGUUACAUCACUCUCGUAGGCCCAUUUAAACCUGGCAGACCAUUGGCAUUUAAGAGCAAACCCAAACAUCUGUUCCUCCUUCUGAAGCUGUCGUCCAAAUCUCAAAAAUCUGCCCUCUGCUGGCACCGCGACCCCGCCUCCUUCCCCUCCCACAGUGAGGCCAUGCUGGAGAGUUUGUCAAGACGCUCCCGCUCCCUGCUCUCCCUGACCUUAACCUCUCUGGCUCUGGCCCUUUCCAUCCUGGCCCUGUGCACCUCCUACUGGUGCGAGGGAACACACAAGGUGGUGAAGCCCCUCUGCCUGUCGCCUGUCAAGAUGAAGAACUGCGGUCAGAACAACAGCGAGCCAUACACCACAGAAAGUCCAACUCCGAACCCCUUCAAUCGGACUCUGUCGCCUGCCAGAAGAGAAGAGCUUGCGAAGAUCAGACAGAGACAGUUGGCCAAUGCUGUCCAUUACAUCUGGGAGACAGGGGAGGACAAGUUCGCGUUUAGAUACUUCCACACAGGCUUUUGGGAGAGCUGCGAGAAACACAAUGACGGUGAGGUAUGCAGGAGCUUCAUAGAUUUAACUCCCGGGGAAACUCAAGGUCUUCUCGGGAUGGUGGCCCACAUGAUGUACACAACUGUGUUUCAGAUGACCGUCAUAGUGGGACCGAAGGACUGGAGGCCUCAGACAUGGGACUAUGGCUGGUCAUUUGCCCUUGCCUGGGUGUCCUUCAGCUGCUGUAUGGGGGCCGCCGUGGUGACGCUCAACUCCUACACCAAGACCAUUAUCGAGAGACGUCGCAGGCAGAGGUUGCGCCUGGAAGAAGCUAGAGCUACCACUCAUGCCCCGUCCUAUGAGGAGGUGGUCCCCGGGGGCGGGCUCUACUCCGUCAGUGGCCUAUUACAGUGUCCGGACGGCAUGAUGGACGUGGCCUGGGCUCAGAACGGCGGCGUAGUGGGAAUGGGCAAUGGGGACGUCCCCACACUGGUCUUGGUGGGAGGCUGCGGACCAGAGGGCUGUGAAGACUGUGAGAGGGAGAUGGACGAGAUGGAAGACGCCAUGGAACGUGUGGACUCUCCUUGUUGAUAGACCACUUUCUAACCCAAGUCUAAAGGGACCAAGAACCCCUCAUAGUUUUCCCCCUCACUUACAAGACCUUUCAAUGUAAAUGGAGCUCGAGAGCCAGUGACUUUGAAACAUAUCAGAAUGUAUUGAUGCCACACUGACUUGCAAGACUGUCUGGAUUUAUCAGUGCCUCACGGUCGUGCGGUUGAAAACUCACUCUGUUGGACCUCAGCUUUAACAUUGCAGGGAAAAUGGUUUCUAUUUUAUAAGUCUAUCUGACUGUUGACAACAUAUAGUUCUUGCAUUUCUGUGAUUUAUUUAUAACUCUAAUCAGAGAGCAUUGGAAGGGAACAAACAUUUUGCUGUUCUGUGGAAUAAACUUUCAUUUAUUUGUAACACUUU